AUGAAUUCUUCGUUUUCCGAACCAAAUACACCAUUGAGAGAAGGAUUGGGUGAAAAAUGGCAAACUGCUUCUUGCAGUGAUAUUGGAAAAGAUGUUUUCAAGGUAAACUUAUUUUUUUCAAAAUGAAUUAAUCAAUUUUUUUCUGAAAAAAACAACAAAAAAAUGAUGAAAUUUUUUCGAUAAAAAUCAUUUGAUAAAAUCAAAAUUUGUUUAUUUUUUCUCACGCUCAUUAUAUAAUUUCAUCACUUUGUCAUUUCUGAUUUUUCAUGAAUUAUUUGAAGGUUUGAUUAUUUUUUCAGAACAGAAAGUAAUCCACAAAACAUUUUAUAGUAUUUUCAGAGUGAAAGUUGUCCGCUGGCAAGAGCGAAAUUCACGGCACUUCGACAUAAAAGAGAAGCUAUUGAUCGAUUUUUGAAGAAGCAUAAAAAUGAGAAUUUGGCGAUUUAUAUUGGUCAGUUUUUGGGGUAGAAAAUGGGUAAUUCAAGGUUGAAUUUGGAGAAAAGUUGGAUUUUUGAACCCAAAGUCAAUAUUUAUCAGAAAAAAAUCGAAGAUUUCCUUUUUUUAAUUUCACAAUAAUGUUCGAAAUUAAAGUUCGAGAAAUGCUCCAAAAAUGAUUUUUGAACUGAAAAAUGAAAUAUGUUUUCAAGCUAGUUUUAAUCGAAAUUUUGAUAUACUUUUUUGAGAUAUAUAAAAAAAACAACACUUAAUUUUUUCAGAGGAAUUACGAGACUUUGCAAUUUCGCCCGGUGGAUUAGUUGACGAUGAAUUUCGAGCGAUAAUUUGGCCAAUUCUAUCCUCAAAUCUUGUAAAUAAUGAUGAUUUAGAUGACGUUUCCUCUUCCUAUGAUUCUGAUUUUGAAUCCGCACAAUCAGAUUUUGAUGAAACUCCUGUACAAGAUCAAUUCCAUGAGGUCGAAUUAACACGAGAAGAUCUGAUGAAUCAUAAAGAAUGGCAUCAAGUGGAACUGGAUGUGAAUCGAACUUUGGCCAGGUUUCCACCGAAUAUUACAGAUGUCCAUCGAGAAAUUCUACAAAAUGAAUUAAUUCCAAUGAUUGUACGGGUUUUGAGUGCAAAUCCCAGGUUCAAUUAUUAUCAGGGUUAGUUUCAUUUUUGAUGUUGAAAUAGUUUCAAAAUUUUUUAUGCAGGAUUCCAUGACAUUUGUCUGACAGUUUUGCUAGUUUGUGGAUUGAAAGAUGCUUUGCCAGUUUGUAUUAAUUUGGCGAAAAAUGGAUCAUUUAAUAAUUAUUUGCUGAAAACACUGGAGAAAAGUGUGGUUAGGGAAUUGGAUUUAUUGUGAGUUUUUUGAGGGCAAAAUGUGGGGUCAGUCAGGAAACUAAUCAAAUUUUCCAUAUUGAAGUAAUUAAAAAAUUUUGGAAUUUUCGCGAACAAAAAUUCAAAAAAUCAGAAGUUUAAAAAAUUCAUUAGAAUUUCAUGAGAAAUCUCAUUUUGGAAAAUUCAAUAAAUAUUACAUGAAUGUGAGAACUUUUGAAUUUUGCAUAAACAAAUAGUUUUGCACAAAAAGGAAUUUGAUAUUUGAAAACGAAAUGUUGAGGUGUAUUAAUAAAAAAAAAAGAUAAUUUCAAAAUGUAAUUAGUAAAUUCUAAAUCCCGUCUUUCAAUUCUCAUUUUUUGCAGAUAUGUGAUAUUAUCUCGAGUAGAACCUCAAUUAGAAAAAGUAAUGCGAUCCGUGGAAUUAGGAACAAUGUUUGCACUUUCAUGGCCUUUGACUUGGUUCAGUCAUAGUCUUCAAAAAUAUCAACAAAUAGUUCGAUUCUUCGAUUGUCUUCUCGCUUCUUCUCCACUUUUACCAAUUUAUUUAUCAUCUGCAAUUGUAGUUUAUCGAAGAGCAAGUAUUUUGUCGUGUGAGAGGUGCGCUUUUUUCUCUUGAAAUUUUGAAAACACAUAUUUUUUGAUUUCAGGGAAAUGCCAUUUAUUCAUCGAUUAUUAACUGAAAUGCCACGAGAAUUACCAAUUGAUGCGAUUAUCAAAGACGCUGUAUAUUUAUCAAAAUUAAUACCGCCAUGUUUAUUGAAAACACGGUAUUUGAACGAAUAUAGGAAAUUUGUGAGUUAUUUUUUUGGGAACUUUGGAAAAGAGGUCAUAUGGAAAUUUGGGAAUUUUUGAACUAUUUAAAAAUGUAGAUCCACAUCUUCGACUCGGUCAGAAAACGGCGGGGUCGCUACCAAUCGGGGCGGAGUCGCUACACGUUUCGGGGAACAAAAAAGUGUAGCGACUUCGCCCCGAUCGGUAGCGACCCCGCCGUUUUCUGACCGAGGAGACUUUCAAUUUUCAAAUAUUUAAAAUUUUUUGAUCCAUUGAAAUCCUAAUUCUUUUCAGUUAGGAUUUUUUUUACUUCUCCUAGACUUUGAUUUUAUUUCGUGUUAUAAAAUAUUCAAUGCUAGGAAUUUUUAAUUGUCAUUUUCGUGGGAGGAAUUUGUUCAAGAAUCUGAAAAGUUCAUGUUCUCAUUGACAAGGAAAUUAACUCAUUAACGUAGAAAAUAAAUCAAGUUACAGUAACUAUUUCCUUGUACCUUCCAAAUAACAGGAAAUUUGCAUUUUUUUCCGAUGUCAUCCGUUUCAUAAUUUUGUAACAACAAACAAUCAGAAAUGUACUAAUUCUAGGUUUCUAUGAACUUUAAAAAUAAAAAGAUUAUAAAUUCUCAUUAUCCAAUCCCAGAUCUUUGUUUUAUUUUAAUCCAUAGAUUAAUUAUGCUCCUCAUGAUCUCCCUUUUUCAGGUCUCAAAACCCCCGCGAACUUCAGUCAAAGCAAUUCCCAGAUAUGCUCUUCAAUUUAUGUUUGUCGCUGGAACUGUUGGAGCAGCCGCCGGAUUUUUGUUCUUCAAACAAAUUAAUCCAAUGUAA